AUGCAAAGCUAUUAUCAUAAAGAUAUAAAACUUUUUUUUUCUAUUGAAAAUUUAGAAAGAAUAAAAAAUUUUUUUAAAAAUGUAAAAGGAAUAAAAGGAGAGCUUCAUAAGUUUUUAAAUUAUAAUGACUCAAAUGAAUUUUUUUUCAAUUCCAAUGAUUAUAUAAUAACAAAAAAAAAUAUAAAAAAUGAGAAAAUACAUGAAAACAUAAAAAAUCAAGAAAGUACAUUUAAUAAGAAAAAUAGCAAUGAAAAAGUAGAAAAUGAAACUAUAAAAAAUAAAAUCGGAUCAUCUAAUUUGAAUUAUGAUGAAUUAUACAAUGAUGAAAACAAAAAUGAAUCUGAAAAUUUCUUUAAUAAUAAAUUUAUAAAUGAUGAAUAUGAAUUUAUUAGUGAAGAAAUAUUCAGGUGUCUAUAUAAAAAUGAACAAAAUAUAAAAUAUACAUAUAAAUAUAAAUUGCUAAUAGAAAUAAUAAUUCAAGCUAUUGUAUAUUCUUGUAAAAUUAAGUUAAACAUAUACAAACUAAAUCUAUUUUUAUCAAUACUAAUAAUGACUCUAUAUAAAAUUAUGGAAAACUUAAAAGAAAAAAAAAAUAAAAAAAAAAAAACCAUAAAUUAUUUUAUAAAUUUAUUAGAUAAAAAUAUUCAAUAUGCAUCAUCUGAAGAAAAAAUAAUAAAUGUUUAUUCGUUAGAUGAAAAUUCAGAGAUCGUCAAUAAUUUAGAAGCAGAAAAGGAAAAGAUAAAUAAUAAUAAUGAAGAUAAUAAAAAUGCAUAUGAUAAAAAAAUAAAAAAUGAUAAAGAAUUAAAUAAGAAUAUGGAUAAAAAAGUUUUAAAAAAUGAAAAUCUCGUAAAUGAUAACGAUUUGAAUUAUGAAAUAAAAGACUUAGAUAAUUCAAGAGAAAGUUCUACGAAUAAAAAUAAGGAAAAUAAUAAAGAAAUAGAAGAUAAAAAUUUGCUUGUGUUAAAUACAGAUUUAGAAAAAAGCUCAAACAAAGAUACUAUAUCUUUUCAGUAUCGUGAAGCUAAAUAUAUAAUAAAAUAUAUGUUUGAAAAUAUAUUCUCUAUUUAUAAUAUAUUAGAAUAUAUUUUUUUAUUUUCAUCUUUUCCUUUUAAUUUAACUUUUUCUAAUAAUUGUUCUUUUAUAUCACCAAUUGAAACAUUCUCUAUAAAUGAUCAAAUACAACUUAAUAAAGAUGAGAUAAAUGAUGAUAAAUUCACAACAAAUUCAUAUAUAAAAGAAGUACUUAAUAUCCCUUUUUUUGUUUUAGAUAAAUUCUAUAACAAUAUUGAUGAGCUAAAAGAAAAAAUUAAUAGUAUUAUAACUUAA